CUCAGCGCGCCGGAAACGCCGGGCGAAGAUCAAACAUGGCGCGGUUGGUGAUCAAGCAGCGCAAGUCUUCGAAGGUCAAGGUGGUGCACGUCAUUCGUCACGGCGAGGCGCAGCACAACGUCAAUGAGAAGUUCUUGUUGAAGCACGACACCAAGUUGACGAAGCGAGGUCAGCGCCAGGCCAAAUCCUUGCACCGGCUCCUGCCAAAGUUGAAACCCCAGGCCGCUGUGACUUCAGCUGUGCUGCGGGCGUUGCAGACCACCCGUGGCAUCGGCUUUUGCGGCCCAACCGUUGUGGUCCCGGAGGCACGUGAAGUGGGUGGAUGGCCGGCCAAUAGCCCCAUCGAGAGCAGAGAAGCGUUGUCAAACGAGAUGGAGGCAAAAUUUGGCCGCUACGACUGGUCCUUGGUCGCCACAGGACCAGGUCGCCGUAGCUCCCACUGGGAGUCCACACGCCAGAUCAAGGAUCGAGCUCGCCGGCUGAGCCGAUGGCUUGAGCGCCGAUCCGAAGAGAGUCUUUUGUUAGUGUCUCAUGGGGAAUUCCUGCAACACCUAACCGGUGACGACUACAUGGAUAAUUGUGAAGUCCGUAGUUAUUCCUUGAAUCGUGGCAAGUGGCAACGCUUGCGUCGUGUCAAGUGCGGCGUGUGAUGGAGCAGGCCGCAGGCGCGGUUACGUC